AUGGUGGAAUCCACCGCGAGUUUGCUUCUCCCUUUGGUGAUCGAGUAUCUUCUGCAUGAAAUAGCCGGCCAGCAGUGUAGUACGCUUGGCAUCAGUGGAAUAGCUGGCUGCCAGUGCAAUCUAAUGGAGGCCUGUGACGAAGAUGGAAAACCAAAGUCCACCUGGGCUCAAUACUUGCCAGCCGGUGUAGAUCAGUUCGGGUUUGUCGAUGGAGGACACCAAAACUUGGCGUACCUCUGUGAAGUUAAUGCAGUUGCAAUUCUCUAUGACUGCAACAACCGAAUUCCUCUCUUCGCGGCCACGGUAAUUACAGGCGCCCAAUUAUUAGGACGUGACUUCGGGCGUCGACCGCCCGCUAAUUUUAGAAGAAGCAGCUUGGCAUGGCUCGAUCUAAAAUUUCAGCAAGUAGGUGAAGAUUACUUUCGAGCAAAAAACCGAGAUCUUUGCUAUGCAACGAGGAGAGGAGACAGGUACCUCGUUGACAAAGACUGGGUUAUUUCAAGUGGACACAAAAGCCGUUUCCGUACUCAAGACUGUCCUGGAGGAUCGUUGGUCAAAACGAUAAUACACCGCGGGCACUUGAUUGCCUCACAGUACGGCCGUAAAAAUCAAACAAAGAAAACAGCAACUUUCACUUACACCAAUGCUGUCCCUCAGUUUGGAUUGUUUAACUCCCAUCCUUGGCAAGUCUGUGAGGGACGCUUGCUAAUGUGGGGAACUCAGAAUUGUGCGGAAGUAAAAGGAGCAAAGAAGGUUCAAUUAUUCAUUGUGGUUGGCGCCAUGCCAUCGACAGUAUUUAGUCCUCUUAAACAUCGAUAUUUUGGCUAUAAAGGAUUCAGCGACUACAUGGACAAUGUUUACCGGGUGAAUGUGCCAAAACACAUGUGGACUGCUGCUUGCUGUAGGUACAAAGCUAAGCGAGUCUGGAAGUAUCACAGCACGGCCUUCAAGAGGGAAAAUAAUCCGGGAAUGGAACCAUGUGUUACGUCAGAUAUUGGCACGUUAUCGAAAUGGUUGUUCCAAUCAGUAAGAGGUGGGACUUGUGUAAAUUUAUUUCCGAAGACUCCCCAGUGCAAUGAGAAGGAUAACUUUAUUCCUUUAUGGUGAUGCAAAAACUGGACACUGCUAUUUUAGAUAAGAAGGACGUUAGGAGAGCGACGCUUUCGUGAUCAUUACUCAUGUAAUGGGACUUUAAACACCUGAAGCCUUGUAAUCACAGUGUUAUUUCUGUUCACGGAGAAAAGUUCCCUUUAAAACUAACUUCGUAAACUCGAUAUUUUGAAAAACCAUUUUCGUUGUUAAUUUUCGACCUCUUGUUAUGUAUGUAUAUUAGCUAGUAACCGCACAGUCGCAUAAUCGUAUAUCUGCAGAGAACAUAA